AUUUUACACUCACACAUGUAACUAAACCAGUAAAUGUUCAUUGUGCGUGUAAUUGUCAUUCAAAGGUUCAAAACAUCUGUUGUAUGUUGUUGUGUUUCAUAUUUUAAUUAUAAUUUUAUUUUCGAAUCAAAAUUUUAUUAAAAAGCAUUUUGUAAAACGAAUUAAAACGAGUGUUUGAGUGAGUGCUACCUUUAUUUUUUAAAUCGCUGUGACGUCAUUGUUUUCGACUGCCAGUAAAAACGACGCAAUUGCACCAUUUUCAGAUAUGGAAUUAAAAUGAGAAUUAUUUUUAUAAUUCAGAAGUCAAUUUUAAAGAAACAUCAUGUCAGCGGAGUCACCGCGGCACGCUCGCUCUGGCGGGCCGCUAACUGUGCCUUCACAACCUCCAAGUGAUCGUAGCAUCAUUGAUGCGGUGUCUGGAUUCAUUAAUGAUGUUACACUUUCUUCUUCAUCCACUGUUGAUCCUAAGGACGUUAUACAGUGGGCAAGGUUCGAAACAGCAGAUAUAAACGAGCCUACACCAGAAGGAGAUAGUGACAAUGAUGUCCCACCGUUACUCUUGAUUCUUGGCUAUGGGUCUGGUGUGCAAGUAUGGCUGAUACCUCCCACUGGGGAGGCACAAGAGGUUUUAUCAUGGAGGCAAGGCACAGUGAGGGUGCUCCGUAUACUGCCCACUCCGCAGCACGGCGACUGUUUUGCGUCGAAAAGGCCCCUUAUUGCAUUAUGUGACUCCGCUUGUCCAGGACCUGCGUUUUGCUCCUUGAGUUUUAUAUCUAUAAGAGGGGGAGAACAGGUGAAGAGCAUAAAAUUCAAAAAUCCCAUACUAGACGUGCUGGCCAACAAGCGUUCCGUGGUGGUAUCAUUCUCCGAGCGCUUCGCGGUGUUCGACGCGGCGACGCUAGAGGACCGGCUGGCCGUGACCACGUGCUACCCGUGCCCGUGCCCGCUGGGCGGCGCCGCGCCCAACAACCCGCUGGCGCUGGGCGACCGCUGGCUGGCCUACGCCGACAAGAAGCUCAACCCUUCCAAGCGCAGCAGUGGAGGAUGUGAAAGUGAAGGUGUGACAAGUUACACGGCGACAGUUCUGCACGCAGCAAAAUCUCUAAGUAAGGGUUUGCGCGGGCUCGGCGAGAGUGUGGCGCACAGCCUCGCCGGCGGCCGCAGCACGUCGCAGUCGCCGUCGCCGCCGCACGCGGACUUGCAGCAGCCGGGCGUCCUCACUAUACUGGAUAUCGAGGGCAAUGAAGAUGAAGAUAGCCAAGACUGCGAGGAUCCCUGCGACCCCAUAGUUGCUCAUUUCAUAGCUCAUUCGGAAGCUAUAAUAGCACUGAAGUUCGAUCCGAGUGGCAUGCUGUUGGUGACCGCAGACCGUCGCGGGCAUGACUUUCACGUGUUCCGUAUCAAUCCCCACCCGUGCGGACCCAGUCUUGCGUCUGUGCACCAUUUAUAUAUAUUGCACAGGGGCGACACCACGGCCAAAGUGCAGGACAUAGCGAUAUCGGCCGACACCCGCUGGGCGGCGGUGUCCACCCUGCGCGGCACCACGCACGUGUUCGCCGUCAGCCCGUACGGCGGCGCGUGCGGCGUGCGCACACACACACAGCCGCGCGUCGUCAACAGGCUGUCGCGCUUCCACCGCUCCGCCGGCCUGCCCAUACACGCCGCGCCCUGUGCGCACAGCCCGUGCCAAGUGCGAAGGAAAUAUAAGGCAUCGUCCGCUCUGCAGGUGUGCGAAGGCUCGGGUCCGGGUGCCUGGUUCCCCAACCCGCGCCUACCGCCCUAUCCGCUGCCCUACACCAGCACGCCGCUUGCGCAGCUGCGACCCACACACAACCUACCCACGCACACCAUCACACGUACCAGCUCCGGUCGGCAGCGCCUGUCGUCGCUGUCGGAGGAGAGCGGCGCGGCGCCGCUGCUGGCGCGCGCGUGCUUCGGCGUGAGCGGCGCCGCGGGCCGCGCCGCGUCCGUGCCGCUGUACCUCAUGGCGGCCAGCGGCGCGCUGCUGCACCUGGCGUUGCACCCCCGCCCCGCGCGCGGCGUCCCGAAAGAGAAGAUAUGCGAUGAGUCACCCAUCGAUCUGGAAGUGGAGCCGGUGGCUCAGUGGCCGCUACAACGACCACCUGCCGCCGCCGAUUUAUUAGCGCCCUUGCCGCCUUCUAAUCCUCUUCUCCAACCAUUAAGUUGUCGGCGAUGCGCGGACAUGUGCAUGAGCGAGGAGGAGCGCUGGCUGUCGCAAGUGGAGAUCGUGACGCACGCGGGCCCGCACCGCCGCCUGUGGAUGGGGCCGCAGUUUGUUUUCAAAACAUACAACAACACUGGGUCGAGCUCGUCGCUGUCGGAGGCGGAGGCGGUGGAGGUGGACACGAGCGCGGCGCGCGGCGCGGCGCGCUCCAACCCCGUCAACAUGCCCGGCGUGCGCCCCGUCGUGCCCGUGCUCAUCGACUCCGGCUCCGCCAGUUCGCUCGAACACUCCCCUUCCGAUAGUUUUCGUCGCAAGUCCCUUUUAGCGGAAACCGGGCGCACGACUACCGUUUGCGAUGUCCAGCUCAAGGAGGAUCUCGCAGAGGCCAUGAAGGAAGACCACGGGCUGCCGCGAGAGGGGCGCUCGGAGUCGCUCGCGGGGGGCGGCGCCGUGGAGCGCGCCGUGGCGCCGCAGGGCACGGUGGUGGCGCCGCCCCGCACGCCGCGCGCGCCGCCGCUGGACGCCGACGCGCACACGCGCUGCAACGACGACGAGGCCGCGUUCCGCCCCGUGCUGCGCGCGCCCGCGCCGCUGCCGCUCGCCGCGCACCUGGCCGCGCGCCCGCUGCCGCGCUCCACCACCAUCCCCGUGCAGACCGUGUCGCCGCGCGAGCUGUCCCCCGACGACGAGCCCCUGCCGCUCAACACGGACGUCGUAAUCCCGGCACAGUUGGCCGCCUCCCUCGGCCGUGACUCGUACGACGAGGCCCCGGUGACCCGCGAGCCGAAGCCGCCCGGCGAGUCGGACGCCGUCGAAUCUGAUAGAACUAAUUUAGACGUUAAGGAGAUACCUGUAAAUAGAGAUCUCGAAUGCGGAGGGAAUGUGAUGUAUGAUAGUGCGUGUGAGAGUGCCUCGGCCGCUGUCGAGACGGAGAGAAAGGAAAAAAUUAAAUCACUGCCAAAACCGAGUCGACCGUCGGAUGAUAUUCAGCCGGCGGCUCGACCUAGAGUUAAGAAAUCUUCCCCCACCAAAUCGGUUAACGAUAAAGUUAACAAUAGUGCCGCUAGUGACAUUAGUAUUAAGAAUAAAAUAUCGGGUGAUAUUAAAAUGAGUGGAAGUUUAGGAGAGAGAUAUAUUGAUUUGCCUAAAAAAGAAAAAGAACCUCUCAAACUUAAUCAAAAAUCAAGAGAACUAUCUGUUUCAAAAGAUACUAAACCACGUAAAGACAUGAGAGAUCCGAAACCAAUAAACGAAAGUAUGAAACAUAAAUCUGGUGCUGAUGAGAAAGAAAAGUUUAGUUUUUCAUCAAUAACUAAAGAUAAUAGUAGAGAAUCGUCAAAACAUAAAACUCUUGAUUCGGAUGUAAAUCAAAUGAAGACAGAGGAACAAGCAUGGGAUAUGCUUUUAAGUGAGCCGGAUAAAAAAGAAAUUUCAACUAAAGACAGACCACGUCUAUCAAGUGACAGUAAAAUUGAAGAAGCAAAAGUGAAAUCGAAGAAAAAUCGUAAAGCGAAGAAGACGGAAGAACAAUUAGCUAAGGAAGACGAGGAUAGUUUCAUUGAAAUACAUGCGAUUGAAGACAAACAACAAAUAGCAAGUGAUGAUCUAGUAUCGAUUUCUACUCCUAUAGAAGAUGUUGAAUUAUCGUCUUAUUCAUCAAAGCUCAGAAAGCAAAGGUCAUCUAAAAGCCGAACUCCUGAACGAAAAGAUAAUUUUGAGGAUAUCAAAUCAACUGAAAAUAAAUUUGAGAAGGAAGUUGACAUUGCUACUAAGAACAAAAGCAGAGAAAGUAUCGACGACUUAGUAACUGAUUCUACGCUUUGUCUGCAGUCAGUUUCAAAUAGUAAAACAAGAGAAAUGGUUAAAGAUUCUAAAAACAAAGAACUGGUGGUACCAGAAAAAAUACAAGUCAAUACCCUUGGUGAACCUAAACCAAGUACGUCGCUUUCUACUGAGUCAUCGAAAUCCGUCAAAAGUAAAUCAUCGUCACCAAAACUAGAGGGUCGUAAAAAAGAAAAAAUUGAAAAUGAAGAAAAAGAAGUUUAUGUGAUAAACACAACUGAAGAUGAUUUUCCUGAAAUUCAAAUAACCAGAGCAAACAAACCAAUAAAGAAAUCUCCUCAACUAUCAGAAAAGAAAAAUGAAAUCGAGAAGACCGAAAAACCCAUUAAAUCAUGGAGUUCCAUAGCUGCUUCUAAGACCAAUCGAAAGAUCGAAGAAGUUAAACUAAAUCUGGAAUGUGUGGAGAAAGAUGCCAAGGACGAGGCAACGAUUUUAGAACAAAGCAAAAAAUCAGAAGUAUCAUUACAAGAGAAGUUGAUCGAGCUCUGCAAACGAACGGAUAUAAUGGUAGCAGAAUGUGAUGCACCUUCUGAACUUAAUUUUGUCGAAGAACACCAUGCAGUGUCUCAUGACCUACCCCCUUUAGAGACCUUGGAUUUUGGUUUAGAUAAUUUUAAACUAGAAGUGAUGCAAGAUAGUCUUUUAGAAGUUAAUGAUCCGAAAAUAACUAGCCCCAUUUGUAAAAUAAAUAUAGACGAUAUAUUGUCAUCCAUAAAAGAAACCACGACUAGAGCUAUUGAAUCGAGUUCAUUUAACUUAAUAGAUAUAGAAAAAGUUCCCAUUAGAAAAGAGAAAGGAUUCAGUGUUGUCGAAAGCGACAAGAUAACUUCACAAGAAGUUAAGUUAGAAGACGAAGCGAAAAUCGAUAAAGAUGACUUAGAAAAAUCGUCUGACGAUGAUAUCGCCUCUCCCGUGUUAUCUACUGAUAGCGAUAAAGAGGAAAAUAAAAAUUUCGAAGCUUCUAAUGCUAGCUUGCAAUCAACAAAGCAAUCGAAGUCUAAAAAAGCUCGUAGAAAGAAAAAGUAAUUCGAAAAGUGUUCAUUAUUUGAGCUUCAUUAUUAUAAUAGGCUAUGUUUAUAAAGUUAUUAGAUGAAUUUUUCACAGCUGUUGUGAUUGUAGUUAAGCAAAGCAAAUUUGAAGUGGAUAAGCACAGAUAAAAUACAAAAAAAUAUAUCUUUAUGUGAUUAUGAAAUGUGUGGUACACAUAUAUGCUGAUAAUUCUUGCAUUAAGUCGCUUCCUUAUUAUUGAAAAGAAUUAGCGAUGUGAUGUAACCAUUGUAUGAAUGAAAAAAAAAAUUAAAUAAAAAAAUAAAAAAUGUAGGAAAAAUUAUAAAAAAUCUUAUCGAAAAGAUAUCUUUUUAAGAUGAUUUUAUUAAUGUUAAUCAUGAAAACGUUUCAGAAUUUCUUUAAAUAUUUCAACUCACAUCAACAAUGGUUAACAUAAUAUUAAAUAAAUUCGUCUUAUAAAGAAAUCGAUUUUAUUAACUUCAGUUCAGUGCUCUUUUAGUACUUAUUUUGAUUAAUUUAUUUAGAUAAUUUAGUUUUAGUCAAAUUUUUCUCGUCUUCGUGCGGUGCGUUUUCUCGCUGAAACAACAAGGCCAGUAAAGACGAAAGUUGCGCUGCCUAGCAAUUAAUAGCUGUCCAUAUUUCUCUAUGCUCAUAGAAUCUCUAUAGUAUCGAUCAGUACCCACUAUUGCGAUAAUAUAUUCAUGAUACGUAUUCGUCGUGUUCUGUUUUAGUUAUUAAUUAUAAGAGGUUCUUAAAUAAUGGUGCAGGCACACUAAUCAAUGGAGUAAACUAAACACCGGCUGCUUACAUUUGCCGAGACAGCUUCCGACCGUUUAAGUAACUGACUCAACUGACAUCUCACUUAAACCCUUGGGGAGUGAGUACCGGGCCCGGGAGCCGUCAUUAGAAUUAAUUUAUAGUUAGCUUAGUGAAAAUUUAUUUUUAUUCUUAUAAUUCCUUCCAGCAGUAUAUAUAUUAAACUUGAUAAAUCGAACUUAUUUCAAUAUAUCUACAAAUACCUCAGUAUUAUUUUCAAAUAUUGAGUUGAAAGUUCCAAACGACUAAGUAGAUUAUUUUGGGUAUAUAUACCGUAUUACUUUUGCUGUCUAGAUGUACAAACUUUUUGUAUAAUACUUUGCAACUAGUAUUAUUUGUUAAUAUGUUUUUAUUAAUAUAUUUGAUAUUAUGUUGAAUCAUGACAAAUAUUUAUUUUUCUAUGUAAUUUUGUUAGCGAAAAGUACCUAUGUACCUAUAUUUAGGUAUUUUUUUUUUUACUAAUAGUACAUGUUUAGGUGCGUUGUAUAUAUUUAUAGUAUUUGAAAUGACAUUGUUUAAUUUUUACUAUUGUUAUUAUUUUAUUAAUAUAAAAAAAUAUAUUAAUGAUCAAAAUUCUCAAAUUUAUAACAUUGUGGUAACCAGGUGCACUUUUUUAUAAUUGUUUGAAAAACAUAUCAUAGGCACUGUACACCGAGUUCAAUUUUUUUUUUAGUUUUUAGUGGUUUUGAGAUCUAUGGCUUAUACCUCAUUUUGUCAAUCUCGUUGUACAUAUAAAAUAUAAAUCCGUAUAAAAUUAAAAAAAAAACAUUUUUCGAAGAAAUCGUAGUUUAAAAACAUAAAAAUCAUUUUACAAACUAUAAUUUAUUUUGGAUUUUUAUACUUAUAAAAUACAGAAAUUCUGACACAUUCUAUAUAAUACUAUUGUAAUGUAUAAAACACCACGAAUCUUAUGGGUAUUUAGUUUAAAGUAUUAAAGUUUAAAUGUUAUGGUGAAAUUAUUAACAUAUUAUGAAGCUUCUAAGUUUUCCAAGUAAUACCUAAUGAAAUACACUUUUAAAUAAUAAUAAGAUAAAUGGUCUCAUGGAAUUUAGUAGAAUAAUGUAAAGUGAUAACAAUAUUAAAGAAUACAUAAUAAUAUUGUCCCCAUAACAAACGUUGAAUAAUAAUCAUUAUUUUGCUGACCCUUGCAAUUAAUCUUGUAAUAAUAAGAUCUUCAUAAUAACCUCUAACGUUAUUACAUUUCCUUUAAUAAAAUAAAAUACAUUAAUAGAAUUUUUUAAAUCAAUUGUACUAAAUGUAAUCUAUCUUGAUAUAUAUUAGUAAUUCUGUUACAAAAAAGUUUAAUAUUAGAUAUUUUUAAUCGACAUGAAAAUAAAGUUUAUAUCCGACUCAAUAUCUCAAUUGUUUUACUUCUCGGUACACAGGAUUUAUGUGAUUUCUUACAUUUAUUUAAUCAGUUCACAUAAAUGUAGUAUUUGACGUAAUGUUAUUUUACACACUGCAACUAUUAUUAGUGCAAAAGGUUAUAUGUAAAAUACUUUACUGGAGGGAAUAAAAAGUAAUUAUUUCCUUAAUUUUUUCUGUAUAAUUAAAUUAUUAUUUUCCCAUUUUAUGUUUUUAUGGUAACUGUUGUAUGUAUAACGGUACUGGUAGCAUUCAAUUCUUUAAUAAAAAAUAAAUAAUUUUCGCAUUUUUAAAUUUGGAAUUAUGUUACAACAUACGACCUUUUGCACUUACAGCAAUUUAAUGUUGCAUACUAACUUGUGUAUGACAUUGUAUUGUCACUCCUAUUUUACAUAUUGCAAUAUUUAAACGAAAGUAGACUAAAUCGAAUUUUAAAGUCGGUUUCUUCGUUUAUUUUAAAUGUGACAUAAAAAAAAUUUUUGGUCAGAGGCUUUCGUAUUUUUCUCAUAUCAAGUACACUUAAUAUAUCACUUGUAAGUGUUAUUGCAACAUUACUACCACUUUGUUAGAAACUGACAGACAGUCUAUUAUUAUUAUUGAUGUCUAUCAAUAUAUAUAAAAAAAUAUUUUAAAAUCACCGCUUAAGAUUAUGAUUAAUUAGAAAUUUUUGAGAAUUAUUAAUACUAAAAAUUAAGAUUUAUUUUUGAAAUUUUACAAUAAUGUUUUAAGUCAAAAUUUAUUGUUCUUGAAAUACUUUAUCUCCAUGAUGCAUUGUAUUUGGAAUUCUGAUGUAGGAAAAUUUUACAUGUAAUUUUUAGAUUUGGCAGCACUGUAACUGUAUGCUGAUAAUGUUAUGGAGUGUUUAAAAAUAUAUUUAGAGAAAUUAAAAACAAUAUUUCAACAACCAACAUUGCCGUUUUAUUUAUCUAUGCCGGGUUUUACCUGUGUUAAAUUUGUAUUUAUAACAUU